UUAGUUUUUUUGUGUAUGUGUGUUGCUUUUGUCGUUUGACAUGUGUGACCAUAACUUUAGGCCGGAUUGGUUGGAAUGAGCCUGUCCCUCGUGCCAGUUUGUGGUUAUCGCUUCUCGGCCUUUUGGCUAAGACUGCGAUCGCCUCUGUUUGUGGGGAUUUUCUUUGCCUGUCGUGGCACUGAGUAUUCUCACCUUGAGGAGCAUAUUUGUUUAUAGCGUUUUUCAGGACCUGCCAUCAGAAAACUGAAUUGUAGGUACUGAAAGUCUUUUUUGAGUGUAUUUCUGGGUGUGUGGUGCCUCCACCAUGUCAGUUAUCCAUGCUGGCAUGCGGAGGCACCACAGCGUGCGCUUCACAUACAAGGCAACUGGUUCUGAAUGUAUAGUUGUGUCUCGACUUGACUUCUCUAGGAAGUUCAUUCAGCACAUACUGGCAUUCAGGCCAGAUGACUUGAAUUGUAUUUUGUCUCUGCCUUUCAACAAAGGCUUUGAUGUUAGUUUUAACACGGCUGUUAACUUGCGUGAAUUUUGGUCUCGUUACGAGAGUGUUAAAACCCAGUUAUCUGCAUUCAAUGUUGAGAAAUUGACUGACAAUUCUGCAAAAACAGUUAUUGUUCGAAUGUUCAAUGAGACGGUGAGUGCAGAUGACAUUUGUUUUUGGCUGGGUAGAUAUUGCACGGUGAAAGGCCAGGCUAUGAAGGUGAGAGAUGAGGACGGCAUCUGGAAUUGCACCUGGAGGGUCCCCAUUCAACAAUGGCAAGACCCCCAGGGCUUCCAGGGCCUGAAACAGCUCCCAUCAAUGAUAGUUUUGGGGGAAAACCGUGGUUACAUACAUUACCAAGGUCAACCCAAGCUCUGCCACAAGUGUGGUGAGCACGGGCACCUUGCAGAAGCUUGCGUACAGAUCAUUUGUAAAAAAUGUAGAGCAAUUGGUCAUACUUUUGAAGAUUGUACCAGUGGCAGAAAGUGUAAUCUCUGUGGAGAAUCAAGCCAUCUCUUCAGAAAUUGCCCAAAAUCUUUUGCCAACAAACUGAAGGCCGGAAAAGGAACGUCAAAUAAAAACGAAAUAAUUGAAAAUAUGGCGGGAAAUUCAAAUCUCCCGCCAAAAUCUGUCAUUGGUGGAGAGGGACCAGGUGAGGAAGAGAAGGGGGAGGAGCCCCCUUCGGUCCCACCAAUGGAGAGCUCGGAAGAAAUAAUUGCCAGGUCACAAGAGAAUGAUACAGUUUGAGAGUGAGGAAACACAAAUCCCUUGUGCACAAAAUGGUAAAAGGCUGGCAUCUGAGCUAUCGCCCAAUUCUCCACUGGUCACAGAGAAGAAAGGAAGACCUGUGUCCUCUACCAGCUCAGAUCACUUGCUUCUUUCCUGCACACUUUCACUGAAUUCUGAGGUGACGAUGGGAAAAGGUUUAUGGAAACUACACUGCUCCCUGCUCAAGGAUGAGGUAGUCGUUGAUCAGUACAGGGAGCAGUACAGAGACUGGCAGACUCUCCAAGACUUGUUUGAUUCACGUGCACGGUGGUGGGAAAUGGUGAAAGGAGAAAUACUCUUUUAGAUCUCGACCGGUCCAUCUUCCGUUUUAUCUGGGGGUCCAAGUGGGAGAGGGUGAGGCGAGACACCAUGAAGAGAAGAAAAGAAAAAGGUGGAAAAGGAGUGCCAGACCUCCACUUGUUCCUGGGGAGCCUGUAUGUGUCCCUGCACUUCCUGAAUGCAUUGGGCCCAUGCAGUAAUCCGAAAAGUCAAGCGAUGGCCAGAUUCUGGAUGGGCUCCUACCUGCGUAGCCUGAAAUUGUUGGCCACAGACCAAAGAUUGCCGGUCGCGUUCCCACUGCCACCACCUUAUGCUUUUAUAAAGAAUUUCUUAAAACAUUUUAAACUAGAGAAAGAGGAUUUUAAUGUUUUAAAAAAUCACAAAGCUCUGAUUUCUGUUGUGCAGGAGCGGGAUCCGCUGAGUCCAGUGCGCGGGCUUGCAAUAGGCGAGCCCACAACGGUUUGGCGCCACGUGAACCACCCCGCACUUCCAAACAGACUACGAGACCUAUCGUGGAUGGUGGCCCACGAGAUCCUCCCAGUCAGGACCGUCAUGCACUCCCGAGGAAUGGCGGCGCACUCAACUUGCCCCCGACCUGGUUGUGGCGCGCCUGAGUCGGUGAGGCACCUCCUCUGGGAGUGCAGCGCUGCGGCAGACCUGUGGGCGACAACCGACAACCUGCAAUUCCCGGACUUGCCGGUUAGGGAGGUCCUCAAUGCACAACUUGUGCUCUUCGGGGUGAGCCGCUCACGAGUACCGAAGGAGAAGUUUGAAAAUCAGUGGCUCACCCUGGCCGCCAUAAAAGACGCCAUCUGGACCUCCAGAAACUUGCUGGUGAGGCGGAACAGGCAGAUCCCCCCCGCGGCUGUGCUCCGAUUGGCUGCAGCAAAUAUGGCGGCUGCAGGCGGCAAGCCAAGGACACAGCCGCAAAGAAGAAUCGCCUGGGCCCAACUGGACGGGGCUGUCGGAGCUCCACGGUGAAGGUCGAGGCAGCAACGGCCUGACACAAUGGUAGAGGCAAGAAGAUUAGAACCUGGAGAAAUUAUGUUUGGGAGUGCGGGUGGAUGUUCUACAUUGUUAGAUAACACUGCGCGCCUGCACAACAGACAAUGAAGACACUUUUAAAAGUUUUUAAAUUUUAUAGUAUUUCAUUUUGUACAGAAAUUGCUUUGAACAUUUUAACUGUGUCUACCUUAUUUAUCAUUGAUUGAAAAAUG